ACCAAAAAAAGCCCACGGUUGCAGACAGUGGCAGAGCACUCCUCCCACUCACCUACCCAAGCUUCUAGGCCUGCCGGCGGCAGAGUCCCCACUGCCCCACUCCCACUGGGCUCCCAGCACUAUCUGCUGCCACCACCCCCUCCCUGGGGUUCCCAAAGCAUGAGUGUUUCCUUGCCAAGCUGCUUCCUCCCAGAUGAUUUUCUGUGCUCCCACCUCAAGCCCUCCCCAACUCCCAACUCCUAUCCCCAGCCAGGGACCAGAGGUGAGACUUCCCUGCGCUCAUCCUUAUCUGGGAUAUAGGAAGGGGGUGUCUAAGGGUUGUGAGUUGGGUUUCUGAGUCCCUAAAUCAUACCAGAGCUUUCUAAGUCUUACUGCAGAGCACAUACCACAAAUGUUCCACCAAUAAUACCCUCCAAUCACAGAACAGAUUUCUGUUGUGCUUCUGGAAAUAUUCUUGGAUCCUCCACUAGAAACCACAAGGCUCCAGGUGCCCCAUGCCUUUUGUUCAAGCACACUGUUACUCCUUUAGCAACUCAGGCCAGUCCUGCUGCUCUUUCAUGCCCAAGCAGCAUCUGCUCCUCCCAACCCCAAGCGCUUAGGUGGGGCUCUGGGACCAGAUAAAGGCUGCAGGCAUCUGUGGGUGUUGCACCAAACCAGCCCGGCCUUGCCCAGUCUCUCUGCAGUGGAGCUGCUGCUGAAAGACAGCCUGUGACAGAAGGGAGAGGCUUGUGGGACGCGGCUGCACCUACACCCGGAGGGGCGCUGACAGCACUCCUCAGGAGUCGGUCCCCAUCCAGGCAGGGCUGGGAUCCCAGCACCCAGCCAUGCUAAGGAGAGCCCUCCAGGUGGUAGCAAGAUGUGGCCAACAGGGAGCCCUCCUUAGGGCCCCCCGUAUCCUGCCUGGACUCAACCCUGCCUCAGCAUUUGGAUCCUCCACAGACUCCCUGGUCUCAAGAUUCUGUCCAGAGAAGACAGACUUGAAGGAUUAUGCCCUUCCCAAUGCCAGCUGGUGUCCAGAUAUGCUGAGCCUGUACCAAGAAUUUCUGGAGAAGACCAAGUCUGGAGGCUGGAUCAAACUGCCCUCCUUCAAGUCCAACAGAGACCACAUCCAGGGGCUCAAGCUCCCAUCCGGGUUGGCAGUCGCCUCGGACAAAGGUGACUGGCGCAUCUUCACCAGGUGCAUCCCAGUGGAAGGACAAGGCUAUGAGUAUGCCAUCUUUUUCCACCCUUCCGAGAAGAAAUCCGUCUGUCUGUUCCAGCCAGGCCCCUACCUGGAGGGGGCCCCAGGGUUUGCCCACGGCGGGUCCCUAGCAGCCAUGAUGGACGAGACCUUUUCUAAAACUGCCUACCUGGCUGGAGAGGGGCUGUUCACACUAAGCCUCAACAUCAGAUUCAAAAACUUGAUCCCCGUGGGCUCUCUGGCUGUCCUGAACGUUGUCGUGGAAAAGAUUGAGGACCAGAAGCUUUAUAUAUCCUGCGUCACGCAGAGCAGAGACCAGCAGACAGUGUAUGCCAAGUCCUCAGGUGUUUUCCUUCAGCUGCAGCUGGAAACAGAGUCAUCCCAGCAAUAGUCACUGUGCCUUCAGGAGAGCCUACUGCCGACGGCCCUGCCUGCCUGGGACCCACUGGAGAGUGGGAGCGGUGGGGCGGGGAGGUCUCCCAGGAAGAAUUGGCGAGGGGAGGGGGAGGGCCCUGGCUUCCAAGUAAAUAAAGUCUCACAGCCCCAUUCUCAGCCCAAAACCUUUCAGUGCUUGGAAAUCAAACUCUGUCUAAGGCAUCCCACAUACCCACCUUCCUUCAGCACCAACAGGAAAGAUUUACUGAGCACCUGCCAGGAACCAGGCGCUGGGUGAGGCACGAGGCACGGCAGCUGCAAUGAGAGACGUGGUCCCCAGCCUCAAGAUGCACAACUGGGGGCCGGGGCCAGUGGCUGAGAGCACAGA